CUUUUUAUAUAUAUUUUAUUUAUUUUUUUGAUUCUCUAACACGUUUAUUUUUCCAAACAACGACUCAUGCUUUUCCAUCUAACGCUUCUCCGCUCAACAACACAAUGAGUCAGUCUCACUCGGUGCUUCGUGCGCGCUAUACACACAAUUCUCGUUUUCUGGAAAAUAAAAUAAAAUAUUUUUUAAUGUACGCGCGAUAGAGAGAAUCGAAGGAAGGAACAAAUGUUGUCACACAAAAAUUCUUUGUCUUAACAGCAAGAAAUAUAAAAUUGCAUAACCAUUUUUGGAUGCACAAGUUAUAAAUAAUAUACAAGAAGUGGAACAAAAAAAAAUAAUAAUAAUUUUAAAGAGAAUGUCUUCAGUUAACAAUUAUCUACGGAAGCAGGUAGACGCAAAUAAUUUUUCAUCGUCAGCAUCAAAUCAAAGUUCAUUUGAAGUAGAUCAGCGUCCAUUGAGUGAAUACGAUAAUUUGCAAAAUAUUACGACAACAUCCAGCAGCAACAGCAAUAACAACAACAACAACACAUUACAAACGCACUUUCCAUUAGCUGACAUUAAAUUCCAUUUUGAUGAUUUUCCUUCAUCAACAGGAAUGAGCUCAUCAAUGCAAAAUUCCAAUAGUAAUAACCAUAAUAAUGCAAUAACAUCCAUUCCAUCACACAGACCACAGUAUGAGAAUGUAAUCGACACACUCCAGAUGCGAGAUGAUGACAAUUCAUUCGAGAAUAUUGAACAAAUUGAUGGACAUGUGUUAUCGCCAAACCAUAGACCCGCUAUAAGUGAAGCAAAAUCAUCAUUCUUUGGUAUACACAUGCAAAGUACGGUAAAGAAUGAUGAUAUGGAGAUGCUUAUUGAGGAUCAUAGAGACAUAAGAAUCAUCUCAGAUGAAGUACAGUAUGUGAAUUUAAAUAAUGAGAAUGAUGAUAAAGGUCAAGUGAGUGCAACAUCAUCAGCAUCAGGAUCUUCAUCAGUAACAGCAACACCAACAUCGUCACCAAAUCGUGGCGACAGAUCCAACAGUCGAAAAAAUAGUGAAGGAAGUAAUCGAAGUAAAAGUCCAAAAUUUAUUCUACCUGAUAUGUCUGCAUCAUUACAAGGAACUCCAUCACAAGCUGUUUAUAUGUCAACAACCGUUCCGCAAAAUAUCAAAGGCCAAAACAUAAUGGGAAGACACAAGCCAACAAGAAAUUCUUUACGACACUCACGAUUAAUAGUGAGAAAUGUCCAAGGUGCAUCACAUUCAAAUUCAUUGAAUAUUAAGCAUGUGUGGCUAGCAAAAUUUGUUUUACUCUUAAAAAUUCUCAUUGGAAUCUGUCUUGUUGCUCUCGGUGCUUGGAUAUGCUUAUUUGCUAAUUCAACGCCUUUAAGUCAAAAUCCAUUCUGGAGUGGGUUGAUUAUUAUUGUGUCGGGGCUUUUAGGGCUUUAUUUGUUGAGCUUUAAGAGGAGUCGGUCUAAAAUUAAGAUGAAUUUCUUUUGGUUCCUUAAGAUGAAUGCAACAGUUAUCAUAAUUUUAUCAGUUUUUCUCACAACACUGGCAUUAAUUUAUGCAACAUUUCAUUACGUCAGCAUCACAUCCGAUAAUAAAAAGUGCUUUCCAGAAAACAUUUUCAUAAAUUCAUCGUCAUGUAUUUGUGUAUUUAAUGUAAGGAACGAGGUAGUAUUAUCAAAGGAAGUGGCAUCAAGUCAUGAUUCUGAAGGUCUUAUGGAUACUAAUGGACACAUAGAAAUUCCCGAUGGCGGCAAUGUUGUUCAUUUUCGUGAUUUAAGUUGUAAUGAAUUAUCAACAUGGACUCAUAUUCUCUUAACGUCAAUGAUACUCAAUUUUGUUGGACUUAUAUUAGCUGUAUGUUAUCUAACUCAAUUUAUAUUUGGAUGUAAACGAAGGAAGAAGAGAAAUUAUUUAUCAGUAAGGAAUGGUGUAUGAAUUCUCAUGUAAUAUAAGUGUUAAUGUUCUCCUGUUUAAGUUUUAUUUUUUAAAUGAAGUUUCUGUGAAAUAAAAAAAGAAUAAUGAAAUUUAU